GAUUUAUCAACCUCCCCACUUUGUCUCGUCCUCCCCGCCCUGAGAUCCUUCCAGACCAGAAGUCGCCGGCAGACCCGUGCGACCAGAUGCCCAGCAACACUCCACUUUUUCACCGAUAAAAGUCUGAAUUUCAGCCGUGGACACUUCUGAAGUGUCGCCGUCUUUCAGCCAACAUGUCCGCUAUGGGGCAGCUCGCGUUCGAUGAGUAUGGACGGCCGUUCAUCAUAAUCAAAGAUCAGGAUAAGAAGACUCGGUUAUCGGGCCUUGACGCACUGAAGGUACAAUGGAUUUAGCAAGUCCCGUUAGCUAGCAUGCCACUUCGUUCAUGUGUCAGCAUCUUAUCAAGGCACAUUUGCAGAACACUUGCAACUUCAGGCCCACUUGUUUAGUUGUCUAACUAGCUAGUAAGUUAGUUAUGGGCUUAUAGUUAACAUUCUGAGCCAGUCAAAUUGUAUGUUUAGUUCAUGUUGUAGAAAUUGGCUAGCUAGCGGAUUAGCUGCGGCAUGCUAAGUCUGCCCAUGUGCUUAUUUUCUGAAGACGCCAGUGUCAGUGAGUCGCGGCUGGUUGUCAAAUAAACAAUGGAAUCAUUUAACUAACUAACAUGCCAUCAAUCGUUCUGUGUUUUCUCACUUAGUUAUGAUGAAUAUUAAAUAAAGUGCAAUGAAUAGUUUGAUUUCAUUGAACGUGCGUAUGCUGUCAUGCAGCUAACGUUAGCUACUCGAUAAGUAGCUUAGCUAAAGUUGGCUGCCUAGCCUAGCUGACAAGGUUUGUCAGUUACUUCUUGACAAUGAAUGAGUUUGACCAACGUAAGUUGUCAAACCAUUUUCACGGACAUAGCCAUCUACCUAGUUAGUGAUAACCAGAUAUCUUGAUUUUUAGCUCCUUUGUUGUAGUUAAUUAUUCCUGCAGCAUCCCUCCCUCACCAGAUUUGGAUUUUGUGUUUUGCAGUCUCACAUCAUGGCAGCAAAGGCGGUUGCCUCGACGCUGAGGACGUCACUAGGACCAAACGGUGAGGCCAAACAUACAGCUACACCGAAGCUUAUUCAUUCACAGCACUACAAUAAAGCCACUGCUAAUGUUGUUGCAGUACAUUUAACCCCCCCCCCCCCCCUUCACUUUUCCUUCUUCGUUAGGCCUGGACAAGAUGAUGGUUGACCGGGAUGGGGAGGUGACUGUCACCAACGACGGAGCCACCAUCCUCAGCAUGAUGGAUGUGGACCACCAGAUUGCCAAGCUUAUGGUGGAGCUCUCCAAGUCUCAGGACGACGAGAUCGGAGACGGGACCACCGGAGUCGUUGGUACGCUCCCCUACAUAUUUGAGUCUCCCUGAUUUGCUCUUUGACUCAUUAGCUUAUUGAUUAAACAAGUGCGGUCUCUUGCAUCUCUAUCGUGUUAUGAAAAUUGGAUGGUAGACUACUCCUGGUUACUUUUUUUUGUGCCAAUCCAGACAUUGGAUUAAUAUUGCAGAAUGCGCCUCUUCCCCUCCCUUACUCCAGUCACUCUGUCCCCAGUGGAGUGGUCUGGCAUUGACAGGGGAUACAGCACCACGGCUCUCUCACCUCUUUCAUCUAGGACAUUCAUCUUACAUGGGGCUUGUGAGAGAGCUGACAAUUUCUGAAAGCCAUGCACAUUACCUGCAAUUCUUUCUAUGAUCAGAUUAUGUUCAUCAAUGCAGAAUCAUAUUGGUACACUCAUCCGAACUUACUCCCCCCACCUCUCCUCUCCAGUGCUGGCCGGUGCUCUCCUGGAGGAGGCGGAGCAGCUGCUGGACAGGGGCAUCCACCCCAUCCGUAUCUCUGACGGUUACGACCAGGCCGCCAAGAUCGCCAUCGCGCAGCUGGACAAGAUCAGCGAGACGUAUCCUUACGACCCUAGCAACACAGAGCCACUCAUCCAGACCGCCAUGACCACACUGGGAUCCAAAGUGUGAGUUUUACUGGAAGUUGGUGCUUUUUGUGGUCUUCGUGGCAACUUUCAGAAAUGUCAGAUAUGGUCCAGCUAGCUGUUGCCUUUUUUGUUGGCAUGGCAACAUGAUGUAGGGUUUUGCGCUCUUUGCACAUAGAUACAUUGAUACACAAAUUGAUUUGGCCCAUAUGUGAUGGCAUACAUUUAUUAUUUGUGAACCUGGCCAUUGGUUUCAUUAGGUCUCAUACAGAUUUCUCUCCCCCAUCUUCCUUCUUUCAGGAUCAACCGCUGCCACAGACAGAUGGCGGAGAUCGCGGUGAACGCCGUCCUGACCGUGGCGGACAUGAACCGUAAGGACGUGGACUUUGAGCUGAUCAAGAUGGAGGGCAAGGUGGGAGGCAAGCUGGAGGACACGCAGCUCAUCAAGGGAGUCAUCAUAGACAAGGAGUUCAGCCACCCUCAGAUGCCCAAGGUACACGCCUCUCAGGAUAGUUCACUGUAAUAGCUGUUGACUUUUAUGCUGGUGUGGUCCUGGUCAGAUGGCAGCGAUGCAUCAGCCAUACAGUUGAUACAAGGGUCACGUUAGCAUGCCUAUGCUGUCACCUCCGAUCCAACCAGAAUGUAUCAGUAACUCAUCUUCCCCUCCCUUACUCCAGUCACUCUGUCCCCAGUGGAGUGGUCUGGCAUUGACAGGGGAUACAGCACCAUGGCUCUCACCUCUUUCAUCUAGGACAUUCAUCUUACAUUGGGCUUGUGUGAGAGCUGACAAUUUCUGUAGAUUUUAGAUUAUUUCUUUUAGCCCAUCGAAGUCUAAAGCACUCCCUUUUUAUAAUUGUAUUUAGCUAGGUAAAUCAUCCGGCACAAAUUAUCUUCUACAACAAUCUCCGUUCCUCCUUUCCCCUCAGCUCCUGAAAGACACAAAGAUGGCCAUCCUGACCUGCCCGUUUGAGCCCCCUAAGCCCAAGACCAAGCACAAGCUGGAUGUGACCUGUGUGGAGGAAUACAAGGCCCUGCAGAAGUAUGAAAAGGACAAGUUCCUGGAGAUGAUCAAACAGGUUAGUCACGUGACCUUUUAGAACUUACUAUUUCUCUAGAAUACAGCUGCUGAAGGUACAGUGCUGACAUUCAGUCAGCCUAACUUUAAUAAUAAUAUGCCAUUUAGCAGACGCUUUUAUCCAAAGCGACUUAGUCAUGCGUGCAUACAUUUUUGUGUAUGGGUGGUCCCUGGGAUCGAACCCACUACCCUGGCGUUACAAGCACCGUGCUCUACCAGCUGAGCUACAGAGGACCUUUCUAUUUAAGAUGUGUAUAUGAAGGACCCUCAUCUCCUUGAAUGUCAUUUAAUUAAAUAUGAUCUAAACUAAAGAUAGUUGAGUUCACUGAGUAUGUCGUGAUGAAAUAACAUAAAUAAGUGAAAUUAUAAUGUCAUAUUGUAACUUUUCUCAGAUCAAGGAUACCGGUGCUAACCUGGCCAUCUGCCAGUGGGGCUUCGAUGACGAGGCCAACCACCUGCUGCUGCAGAAUGAGCUGCCCGCCAUCCGCUGGGUCGGAGGACCUGAGAUCGAGGUGAGACACACACUGCAUACAGACAUCAUGCGAUUCAGCUGCAAAAAUGUUGUUACUGUUUUUUUUUUUUCUUCUUCCCCCAUGUAUUCCUGCGUUGCUAACCUCUGUUUCCCCCCUGCCUCAGCUGAUUGCCAUAGCGACAGGAGGUCGCAUCGUGCCACGGUUCUCUGAGCUAACUGCUGAGAAGCUGGGUUCGGCCGGCGUCGUCAAGGAGAUCUGCUUCGGCACCACCAAGGACCGCAUGCUGGUCAUCGAGGAGUGCAAGAACUCCAGGGCAGUCACCAUCUUCAUCCGCGGAGGAAACAAGAUGGUGGGUGGACUGGUAGUCUGCUAAUGUUGACUGUUGGAGACGAUGCAGAGGGGACUGAUAAUCGGUUUAUGUAGACAUUGGUAUCUAGGGAUGGACAAUUCUGCUCCUGGGGGGGCCGUAAGUGUGCAUGCUUUCAUUGCAGUCCAGCACUAACUGUACCAUUUUUUAAAAAAUGUCCCUGUCAGAUCAUUGAGGAGGCUAAGCGUGCGCUGCAUGAUGCGCUGUGUGUCAUCCGUAACCUGGUCAGAGACAACCGCAUUGUGUACGGGGGCGGAGCCUCUGAGAUCUCCUGUGCCCUCGCCGUCAACCAAGCUGCUGACAAGGUACAAUGUACACGCACACACACACGCACACACACACACACAGUAUCAGGUCAAACAUAUACAGUGCCUUCAGAGAGUAUUCACAACCCUUAACUUUUCCACAUUUUGUUGUUACAAAGUGGGAUUAAAAUUGAUUUAAUUGUCCUUUUUUUUUUUUGUCAGCGAUCUACACAAAAUACUCUUAAGUGGAAGAAAAAUUUGAAAAUUUGUUUAAAAAAAAUAUGAAAAUGUAAAACUAUCUUGAUUAGUAUUCAACCCCUUAAGUCAAUACAUGUUAGAAUCACCUUUGGCAGCGAUUACAGCUGUGUCUUUCUGGGUAAGUCUCUAAGAGCUUUACACACUUGGACUGUGCAAUGAUUCUUUUCAAUAUUCUUCAAGCUCUGUCAAAUUGGUUGUUGAUCAUUGCUAGGCAACCAUUUUCAGGUCUUGCCAUAGAUUUAAGCAAAAACUGUAACUCGGCCACUCAGGAACAUUCACUAUAUUCUUGGUAAGCAACUCCAGUGUAGAUUUGGCCCUGUUUUAGGUUACUGUCCUGCUGAAAGGUGAAUUCAUCUCCCAGGGUCUGGUGGAAAGCAGACUGAACCAGGUUUUGCAUUCCAAUUAUUAUUUUAAUCCUGAAAAACUCCCCAGUCCUUAACGAUUACAAGCAUACUCAUAACUUGAUGCAGCCACCACUAUGCUUAGAAAUAUGGAGAGUGGUACUCAGUAAUGUGUUGUUUUGGAUUUGCCCCAAACAUAACACUUUUUGUAUUCUGGACAAAAAGUUGGCACUUUUUUUUUUGCAGUAUUACUUUUAGUGCCUUGUUGCAAACAGGAUGCAUGUUUUUGAAUAUUUUUAUUCUGUACAGGCUUCCUUCUUUUCACACUGUCAGUUAGGUUAGUAUUGUGGAGUAACUACAAUGUUGGUCCAUCCUCAGUUUUCUCCUAUCACAGCCAUUAAACUCUGUAUCUGUCUGUAUUAAGUCCCCAUUGGCCUCAUGGUGAAAUCCCUGAGCUUUUUCUUUCCUCUACGGCAACUGAGUUGGGAAGGGAGCCUGUAUCUUUUGUAGUGACUGGGUGUAUUGAUAUAAAGUGUAACUUCACCAUGCUCAAAGGGAUAUUCAAUGCUUUUUAUAUUUGUACACAUCUACCAAUAGGUGCCCUUUGCGAGGCACUGGAAAAUGCCUGGUCUUUGAGGUUGAAUCUGUUUUGAAAUUCACUGCUCGACUGAGGGAUCUUACAGAUAAUUGUAUGCGUGGGGUACGGCGAUUAGGUAGUCAAUAAAAAAAAAUCAUGUUAAACACUAUUAUUGCACACAGUGAGUCCAUGCAACUUAUUAUGUGACGUGUUAAACACAUUUUCACUCCUGAACUUAUUUAGGCUUGCCAUAACAAAGGGGUUGAAUACUUAUUGACUCAAGACAUUUCAGCUUGUCGUUUUUUUAUGAAUUUGUACAAAUUUAGAAAAACAUAAUUCCACUUUGAUGUUAUGGGGUAUUGUGUGUAGGCCAGUGACACAUAUCCAUUUUAAAUUCAUGCUGUAACAACAAAAUGUGGAAAAAGUCAAGGGGUGUGAAUACUUUCUGAAGGCCUGUAAAACCUUGCAUUGGAGUGUGACUCAGAAACGGUAAUAGCCUGACGUUUGAUGACAAUGGUGAAUUAUCUGAAACAAAGCUAUGUUCUCAUCUCUCCCUCUACUCCUUCUGCAGUGCCCAUCUCUGGAGCAGUAUGCCAUGCGGGCCUUUGCUGAUGCACUGGAGGUGAUCCCCAUGGCCUUGGCAGAGAACAGCGGCCUCAACUCCAUCCAGACCAUGACUGAGGUCCGUGCCAGGCAGGUCACAGAGUCCAACCCAGCCCUGGGCAUCGACUGUCUGCACCUCAACACCAAUGGUAAGGACAGACUCACAACUUGACAAAUGUAAUUUUUUUUAGUUAACUGGAUAUACAAAAGAUGGGUAUAUUUACAAUGUUACUUAAUAUAAAGCACGUGUCAAACUCAUUCCACGGAGGGCCGAGUGUCUGCGGGUUUUCGCUCCACCCUUGUACUUAAUUGACAAAUGUAAGGUUACUUAUGAGCAAGGAACUCCCCUCGCCUGGUUGUCUUAUUUGAAAGGAAAAACCUGCAGACACUAGGCCCUCCAUGGAAUGAGUUUGACACCCUUGAUAUAAAGCAUUAGAUAUUUUCCUAAAUAAAUCUGUUAUUGAUGUUGACCCUCUUCUCUCCCCCAGACAUGAAGAAGCAGCAUGUGAUUGAGACUCUUCAUGGGAAGAAGCAGCAGAUCUCUCUGGCCACCCAGGUAGUCAAGAUGAUCCUGAAGAUAGACGACAUCAGAAGCCCUGGAGAGUCCGAAGACUAGGGACCUCACACCCGGCCCCACUGAGUGCAUGCGUGCUCGGCCCUGUCUUCUAGAACUGUGUUCUUCUAAUCUAGAAUGUUCCGGAACGGAGGCAUUCUAGAAUGGCUGUGUUUUUAGAAUGUUCUAGAACUCAACUGCAGAGUUCUAGAAUGUUC